AUGGCUGCUGGGCAUGGAAGGGAAAUCAUUGUCAAAGAGAGGUCCAUCGCCAGCCAGGCAGAAGUUGGGCUGGUCAGUGUCAUGAAGUGUGCUUGCAAUGCAAUCCGUCGUUACUCCCUGAUCAAGCCAUUUCUACAAUCCCCAUUCCUCUUCUACCCAUCCUUUGUCCCCCCUUCUUCCCUCAACUACUUCUUCCCACUACUUCCAGUGCUGCUUCUACUAGCGCUGAAGCUCGAAUUCGAUCCCAAACCAGACGAGCUUGACCCGGAGGAGCUGCUUGACGUUGGGGCGCUGAUGGUGAUUGUGGGGAGGAAAACGGGGAUUAUGGGGGUGUUUCUUCGGGGCUGCGACAUUGCACUGUCGGGAUGGUGA